AUUAAGAUAAGAUGGGGCCUGAUUAUUUAAGACCUUGUAUGUGAGGAGCAGGAUUUUGAAUUCAAUUCAGCAAAAUAAUAUGCAAACCUUCAAAUUCUGACCCAGUGCAGUAAGGACAGUGUGUACCAAACUUUUAUUUGGUCAGGAGAUCAGAUAGUAGACAGAAUUAUAAAAUGAAUGUAGAAAAAUAGAAUCUGCAUUCAGCCUUAAUAGGUGCUUGAAGGCGAGAUGGUUCCUUGGAUCCAUGCUUUCAUCAUCAGCGUCAUUUUUCCAAUCUUCUUCAAUUUUGGUCUGUCUAUACCAACUGUAACCUCAGUUUCCUGUUCUUAGCCAACAGGAGUGGAACUCGGUGUUGUCCUCUGCUGUCAUGGUUGUAACACUCUGGCUGCAAUGAGUUAGUUGCUGUGCUUUGUAUCAGUUUGAAGCAAUUUGCCCAUUCUCCUCUGGCCUCUGACAUCAACAAGGCAUUUUUACACAGAGAACUGCCGCUCACUGAAUAUUUUACAUUGUCUGUAAAUCCAAGAGAAAGUUUCUGUGCAGUUUUUUAGUUCUGGGUGUUACAAAAUGUUUAUGUUAUGAAAGUGUGAUGUCCACAACAUCCCUAAAAUACUCUUUAGCUCUAACUAGGACAAUAUAUGGCAGUCAUGGCAGACAGGAACGCAGAUGCAGAUAACCUGCAAAAUCAUUUUUAACCAAUGCAAACUGCACUUAAUGUGUGAAAGAUACAUAAACUGAUACAGACAUUCUCUGCUUAUAUCAUAUGAUUUGGCAAGACAGGAAGCCAGGAAAGCUGGGGACAGUUCACAGGACAUGACACGCAGUUAAUGGCCUCAGGAAAGCUUCAAACCCAGGACUGUGCAUCAGCCCUGUAGCACAUGGGUUGCCUGCUAAACCCAAAAAACCAUUUUUGAUGUAAAUGUCAGUGAUAAGAAAAUCUUGCUUUAAAAUAUGAACCAUUUUUAUUUCUACUUAAAGGAAAUCAAGACAGCUCUGUGGCUGUAGAGUCCAGCAUUAAAAACAGUCAAUACUGUGAAGCUCAGUAGGAAAAGAAUAAUAUUUUCCAAGUGUAUAGCUCAUGUUAGCCGUAAUAUCAACUAAAUAACAGUUAUAAAUAAUAAUAUAGUAACAAAGAGCUGUGCAAAAGAGUUUUCAGUGUUUUAACUUCAAACACAAAUAAGUUCAGUAUCAUUAAUGAAUAGCUGUAUCUGCUGUAGCACCGCUGAAUGUAACAUCCACUGUGGUAACCACUGUUUAUAUAAAAUGUACAUGCAUAUGUAUGCAUUACGGAAGUUAUUUAUGCUUUACCUACAGUUAGUUUUUAUUAUUCUAUCACACUGGUUCCAUUGCAGUGAUUAGUGCUGGUUUGACAGGUAGAUAAUAGUGAGCUACACCCAGAGGGUCUAUCCUGCUCCAUCUUGUUGACAAGAUAAACACUCUCCAUUGUCUACAGGCUGGCAGUUAUGAGGUAAGCUCUUUAUCGGUUUUACUCCAGCUACAAGUUAUUGACACGGUCUAAUCAUCUUGACACACAUCUAGGGAAGUUUGUAUACAGCUCUUGUAAACAGUAUCUUGUUUUAAACAUACAAAAAUUAAUUUUAACGUUACCCUUCUCCUCUCCACCGGCCCGUAGCUUUACGCUUUCCCUGUAGGACUGAAAAAGAUUACAGCUGAAAUAUGGCAUUCCUCAUGAAUCAAAUGUUGGGUGACAAGUUGAAGAGUUUUACCGGAGGAGGUGAUGAAGGUAACGGUAAAGCAGGAGCAGAAGGAAAGGAAACAGCAGAGUCCAAAGGCAUGUCCAGAGAGGAGUUUGAGGAGUACCAGAAGCAGAUGGUGGAAGAAAAGAUUCAGCGUGACAAGGACUUUGCAACCAAGAAGGCUGAGAGGGCAAAUCUCCGAGUGGCUUUAAGAGAUAAAUAUCGACUUCCAGAUAGCACUCAAGACACGGCAUUAGUGGAGAUGGCUGGGGAUGACAUUGAUGUGCCAGAGGAGCUUGCAAAAAUGGUGGAUGAGGAUGAGGAGGAAGAGGAGGCCAAUGACUCUUUCCUCAAUAGACUUCAAAACUUGGACAUGGACACACUGAAAACCAAGGCCCAGGCAACAAUGACGGAGAUGAAGCAGAAUGCAGAGGAGAAAUGUACCCUCAUGUGACUACGACUCGUCUAAAUCUCAAAGUAUAAGAUAUACAGUGCUCACAUCGUACCCAGGCCUUCACACAUUACUUUUUACAUGAACUGCGACAUUUGAAAUUAAGUGUCUAUUUCACAGAUAAUUGCUUUUAUUUUUCAGUCUUCAUACUCAGACUACAGAUUAAAGUGCUUUGUUUAUGGAGCGCUUCUCUACAUACAGGUGCUUCAUGAAAUGAGUCGGCCAUCUUCACGUCACACUGGUUUUGCUACUUAUAUACACAGUAUGAUACUCAGUACGGUCAUUUGUAUCAUAUUUAAUUUGUCUAUCUCUUCAUCUGUCUCUGUAAAAAAUUCAAUAAACAUAUAAGAGUUCUUA